CGGUUGUGUGAAGAUGGCGGGUGGAGUUUCGUUGCUGCGGCUUCUGGUGCUUUAUUUCGUGCUGGCGGAGAGUUAUCAAGCAUGGGCACAGCGGGUAACAACUGAGAAUUCGAAUCUUGUGGUGAAUGAGUUUGACAGUAUUGUGUUAUCCUGUAUUAUACACUCCAGUCAACUUAAACAUCGUAUUGAAUGGAAGAAAUUAAAUGCUGGCACAGAUUUUGUAUAUUUUAAUAAACACAUUACAGGAGAUCUGAUAAAUCGAGCAGAGCUCCAGGGAGACUCCUCUAUAAAAAUAUUCAAUGUGACCCGUAAGGACACUGCUGUCUACCGCUGCGAAGUUGUAUUUGUAGAAACAGGUCACCUGGAUGAAGUUUCCGUUAAUCUGACAGUACAGGUGAAGCCAGUUACACCAAAAUGUUCUGUGCCGAAGUCAGUUCCAGUGGGGAAGGCUGCCAUUUUGACAUGUCAUGAACAGGAAGGUUAUCCACCUCCGAAGUAUAUCUGGUACAAAAAUGGUGUUGUUGUUCCACCUGAUCCAAAAUCUGAUCCAAAAUUCUUCAAUUCUUCUUAUAAAAUAAACGACAAUACAGGAACUCUGCACUUCAGCGUCACCUCGAAGCUGGAUAUUGGAGAAUACCACUGCAUGGCGAUAAAUCGUGCUGGGCAGGCAAAAUGUGAGCCUCAACGGAUGGAAGUCUAUGACAUUAAUAUUGCUGCGAUCAUUGGUGGCAUUCUCAUUGUGGUUCUUGUUCUACUGAUCAUAAGCAUAGUCAUCAGGCUUGCAUAUAAACGUGGAUACUUUACAAAAAAACAGCCUGCGAACAGAUACCAGGCUUCCUGUAAAGCUGAUAGUGUUGAUUAUGUCAGAUCAGGUCCAUUGGAUGCUGAGGGAGAUUUUCGACACAAAUCUUCUUUUAUUAUCUGAGAAGGCGAGAACAGGGGAGAAAACUCUUAAAUUCACCAUUGGUUUGAGCUCCUUUACACGUUUAUCUAACACAUCCACAGAUCUGUAAGGAAUUUAAUACCAGAGAUUUAUAAGAUGAAACUUUUUUUUUGCCAAAGCUGUUAACCAAUCUUUUGCUAUGAAAUAAAGAUGUUUUAUU